AGCGUCAUUUGAUUCGCUGCUCUGUCACCGGCCACUCAGCUCUCUCAGUGCUCAAGUCGACACUAGAUUAUUGCAGUAUUUGCGGCCUUUGUCGUUGGUCAGCAGUUGUCGGCCGUGUUCGGUCGGAAGUUCAAAACAAAGCGCGCGUUAGGUCAGUAUCGAUCACAACACAUCGUGUAGGCGCUCGUGCUCGACGUUCUCUCGCGAUAUUUGCCCGCAACUCGCCGUUGGCGCCGGUUUUACUAUUGCGGUUGCACUGUUUACGCGCGCGACUAUACUUGUCUCAUUCGCGGUUUUGUUCGCCUAAAUUAAUAAAUAAAUAAUUUGAUAUCCUCUAAAAGAUAUUAAGUGCAUCGGAAACUACACUUUGCGGCCCUUCACGCAUUUUAUUAGCAAAAAGGCGAAAACUUAGACGAAAGAAUGGGGUGCUUCGUCAGUAAAGACAAACUUACCAAGGAAGACAUGGACUUUCUUAAGACUCACACGUCGUACGACGAGACCACAAUCAAAGAGUGGUACAAAGGAUUCAAGCAAGAUUGUCCCAACGGACGUUUGACGCCAGCGAAAUUUGUCGACAUGUACAAGAUGUUCUUCCCAUCCGGGAAUGCGGUCGAGUUUUGUGACCACGUCUUCCGCACAUUCGACAUGGACAAGAACGGAUACAUUGACUUCAAGGAGUUCUUGCAGGCAAUCCACGUUACUUCAAGCGGAACUCCAGAGGAGAAGCUUAAAUGGGCUUUCCGCAUGUACGAUGUGGACGGUAAUGGCGUAAUAGAUAUUCAGGAGAUGACUAAAAUAGUUCAGGCUAUCUAUGAUAUGCUUGGCGCGUGCUCAAGUAAUCGGCCCGCCGACUCUGCCGAGGAGAGGGCUAAGAACAUCUUCGCCAAGAUGGACGAGAACAACGAUGGGCAGCUGACUCAAGACGAGUUCCUCAAAGGUUGCCUUCAGGAUGAGGAGCUAUCUAAGAUGCUCGCGCCUUAAUCACCAGGCACCUUCUAUUCUCCUCAUAACGAUAACCCGACGGCGAACUUGUAAUCCUGGAACUCCGUCGCUUCUUAUAUAGAUUUUUAACUUCUUAUGUUAUUGGAGUAUUUGGGAAUGGUAUCUUAUUGGUGUAUCUUUUAGGUAUCUUAUUUAAUGUCAUCUUAUCAGCUCAGGCCACAAUGAAGUGGGUCUAGCCCACAAUCUAAUUUAGAAAGUAUAUACAGAUAAGAUUUUUUUGUUUCGCUUAUUUCGGGGUAACGAGACUCGCAAUUUUGCUUAUCAACUAUUUAACAGUUUAAUACCGCGUUCAAUACGAAAUAAUGUUUGAUUACGUCAUAGAGGACUUGGUAGCUCUAAAUAAUUUACGAUUUUUGUGUACCUACGUCAAUGCAAUUUGCACGCACACUAUCUUUAAAUACAAUAAUCUACAUAAAUGAAAUAUUCAGUCUUGAUGGUAAUCUGUAUUCAGUGCUAUAUUUCGAAACCGGUAACAAUUGUGCCGAUCAACCUUCGAAAUCCAACGUGUCUUUCUUUAGGCUUCCCAAUUCUUUUCUAAAAGAUGCAUUAAUGUAAUUUUGUCGCUGUCGGAUUGUCUUUUAAAUUUUGUCUCCGAACCAUUCAUAGCUUAAGUCUCUCGUAUCGGUGUACUUCAAAUACUUGUAGCGGAUCGGACUUUCUUUCAGCACAUUACUAGUUAUCUUAUAUUAUAACAAUACGUUUAUCUUUUUAUUUAUUUUGAUAAUAUCAUUCUAUAAAAGAAUAAGAUACGCGUCCUUUUUACUUUCACAUUUCCAGGAGCCUAGCACCAUUGAAUACAAAAAGGGGCGCUAUCAUUGAAUGGAGGUUCAACAAGGUUGAAAUGAAAGCCUUACAGUGUGCCCCUAAAAUGCUUACGAACACUUAUACGUGCGUAAUAAAAAUAAAACUAACGCGAUAACACACAAUUCUUAAGAAGGUCGCACGAUUUUGCUUCAAUAUAAUAUUUAAUCGAACUUAACUCUUCUUAAUUGUUAGAGACCUUGUUGGUUACCUUAACUUAUGACCACUUAGUAUUUGCUAGAUCAUACACUGACUCUGACAACAUCGAAUAAAUAAACAAACUAACAAAAAAAAAAUCGGUUGCUACAAUAUCACAUACUUCAAUUUACUAAUUACUAUUUCCGAUAUAAUUGUGUUGAACUCAUAAAUUUUGUAACCCGAUAUAACAACAAAACGGAUUGAAUUCGUAACGUAAAAAAUUCGCGCGGUAAUAAUCUGUACAUGGCAUAAUUUAAAACGGUAUUUUUUCGACAUUGCAUCGUUAUCUUAUUCUUUUAAAAUGAUGUUAAUGAAGAAACAUUCAUUUAAUAAAUAUUUUACUGUUAUUAUUAAUAAUAGUAGCUCCUAGAGAUUUAUGUCUUAGAAAUUAUUCUUAUCUGCAGCUUGAUAUAUAUUAAACGAUCGCUUUUAUUUCUUCACUUCCUACUGUGCCUUCUAGUCCCUUUUGUAAAUAUCUCACAUGGAUUUCAAAUCAUUAAUAUUUGUACUUCAUAUUCGAAGUAAGCAUUCGCCGAGCAAGAAUCUUGUAAUUCGUAAAAGUUUACACCUACUUUAAGUCUAAUUUUAAAAUACAUAAACUUAUUUACUUGGUUUGUAUACGGUGCAUAAAUAUAUGUGUAGUUCUGUUCGAUUUUAUAAUUUUGUGGAGAUCUUCGGGCAUUGAAAAGUAAUUCUGACGUAACUCAAUUGAAAACAUUUAAUUUUGUUUAAAAAUAUUACCAAUGUAAUGAACAUAUUUUAAUCAUUUUUGGAUGAUACGCAGUUUUAUGCACUGAGAGGCAAACAAUAACAAUAUUAUUGAUUUUAAAAUUACAUUCCACAUUUUCGAUACAAAUUAAACCUAGUUUUAAGUAAAGUCUGUUUACCAAAGUGUUAGUGUUAAUGUUUCAUUAUUAUUUUAUGUCUCACAGUCACAAAGCAACCAAUAUGUUGUGCUUGCUAUUGUUUUUCUAUCAGACCAAUUAAAAGAAAAAUUGAGUUCGAAAAACCAAUAAUGCCAUACAUAUAAAUAGUGCGAACAAUGUAUGAUGUAUUUCUGAAAUAUACAGCCGAUUAUUUGCAAUCAACAGCGACAGUUAUAUGUGAAAAUAAUAAUUAAUCCAACCCGACAUUAGAUGUACACGCUGUAAUUAUAGAGACUCCCGUAAAUCGUUUUUGCAUUGAACAUUUUCCAAUAAAAUGUUUCACAUGACUAUUUGCAGUUUGAAAUUACAUCCGAUUGCAUCGUUUAGUAGCGUUCCAGCUCUAUCAUUAGAUUCGUCAUUCACAUAAAUAUAUUGGAAUUAAUUCUAUCUCUAUAAAAUACAUUUCUACAUUUCAUUAAUCAACGUAAUUGCAUAUUGCCUUAUUCAUAUUUAAUUUAGAUAUUGCCUUGAAGUGUACUUUUAUGACGUGGAUAAAAUAUAUUUGCCUAAACUUUGCUGUCGCUGUUGCAAAAUGACAAUCGUGUCCUAAGUACAACCUUAAACAUUUUUAAGUUGAACAGUUUGUUAUAGCAAAGAUUUAUUUAUUGUUUUAAAUAUAUAUAUUUUUUAAUCAACGUUAUAUCAUGUUAUAGUUCAUAACAGAUGAUUGCAGAUGUUGGUAGCGAGGUCAGUGCCAAAGGCCACUAGCUCCUCGAUGAUAAAACUUGCCAAAUUAUUUUUUUAUUUAUCAGUUACUUAAUUAUUUCCAAGCCUGUAAAAUCGUUUGCUAAUUUUCAUUUUAAAAGUACCUACAACUAGUUGUGGUUUAUAUUAUUGGACAGCUCUAACGCCCGAAUGUUUAAAAUACAUAUGGCACUUCGCUAUUAUAUUGAUAUGUUAAACAUUCCUCUGUUUUUCGUUAAAUCCUCAUUAAGAAGUAAGAUAAGCACAAAUCAAAUUUACUUUAAAUUUUUUUAAGUGACAAUCUUUAAUUAUUAUUGUUAAUCAGAAUCACAAUUUUUUUAUACACCCAUUUUGUCAUAGUUUUUAUAAUAUGUAAGUUAUAUAAUAUUAUGUUAUAUUUUGUAUUGUGUAACGUAAGUGGUCGCAAACGCUGAAUUUAAAAAGUGCACAAAAAGGGAAUUAUACUCAUUUGAAACUGGUGACAGUUAAUAAAUUGAGAUAAUUUUCGCAGUACAAUUUGUGUUCUAUAUUCAUCUUAAUAAGAUAUAUUUUUAGUUAUGAACGAUUACAUUACUAAGUAGCAACAGAUAAAGGUAAACCUUACAUUUUCAUUCAAAGAAUGUACCCUAUCUUUGAUCAUAGCUGACAUGCCUCUACACGGAAUGUCGUCAUGUUUUUGUUCGUAAUGAUAUAGUGUAAACACUUUUUGUGUAGUCUUUGUAAUACUUUAAGACCAGCUAUUAUAUAUUUCUAUCAUAAGUUAAAAAUUAAACUUUUGUAAUCUUGAUAUUAUAAUGUGUAAUAAUUCACGUGUAACUUUGGAGUAUUUAAGCGUAUGUAUUUUCAUCAAAUUUCACCAAGCAUUUUUGUAUGUAACGUGCGUUAUUCAAAUUUACACUGUUUUGUUAUUUGUUACACUUGAUUCAAAUUAAUAGACCAGUGUUCUCCGGUCCUUCUGUCAAUUCUCUGCUUAAAAAUAUUUAUCUAACGAAAAAAUAAGUAGAAAUUAAAUGUCAAUUUACUGAUCUUGGUGGAAUUUGUAACGCCAGUUUACUAUCUUAAUUAUAUUUACAUCGUCGUAUAGUUGUAAAUCUAGCGAUUUUAUUGUAGUUGUAUUAACAUUGUAUUGACAAAACUAUGAGCACAAUCAUAUACUUCGUAGUAAAUUUAAGUCUCAAUUUUUUGUAUUGAUGACAUCUCUCGCUGUGUGCAAGUCUUACGUCUCAGUGUUAGACACUUGUAAUGAAUUGGUAAACCCUGCGUCCCCAAUCCCUCUCUCCAUCUUUCCCCGCAUUAACUGUGUGUGUAUUUUUCAAAGUACAUAUUUUUAACGAUACACGUUUUGCCUAUUCAUGUAUAAUAUACAUAUUACAAAACCACAAAA